AUCUAUGCCAAUAAUUCUAGCCCACCUCCUGCCACCCAUCUUCCACAUCAGUUGGCUUUGCGUUUGCGUUUUCCAGUAAUUUGGCUCGUAUACUAGAAAAAGUGAUGUGAGCAAAGAGUAUCGGCACAUUGCGGCUCGACUGACAUAAAUUCCUAUUUUUAACUUUUGGCAAAAUCAUAGAAAAUCGCUAAAUACGGAUGAAAUAACAAUCUACAGAAUAUAUAUAGAUAUUCAAUUCAGCCCAGAAGGGCAAUAACAAAUGCCAAAGCCAAAGUUUGCAGUGUUCAGUGUGUCGGAAUUUGUCUCAUUUAUAAGCAGCAGUGAAAAAUCUAAACCAAAUCAGAGAAUUUGAUUUAAACUAAUGCCAAUUAUAGGCCAUUGUCAGUGGGCCAGUAAACUUCAACAGUUCGGAAUUAUCGGCGCGUCUCUAGUAACCCAAUUUGUUGGCCUAGAGUUGGGUUCAUUGCCAACACAUCAAAGCGACAAUCAGCUAACAGCUGUGCCACUUGCGAUUCUGGCCAUUGGCUAUUGCCAUUGUUGUUGUUGCAACCUGUCGUCGAGUAGAUUGCCAAAAUAUCUUCAUUCGAAGAAGACUAUAGGGCUGAUAGGCCCAUGGUGCAACGCGCAUCGUCCUCAGAUGCUCCCUCCGUUCAGGGAGGCCAACAUCGAGAAUCUCGAUUUGGCCUUGGAUAUACAUCAUAUCAAAGUGGAUAUAACAAAUUAUUUACACAGGGUUCUGCCGACUCAAACUAUUCACAACCGUCAUCCGAUCUGUCGCUAGACGAGGAAAAGGAAUCGCUUCGGCGAGAAAAGGAACGUCAGGCCUUAAGCCAGUUGGAUAAAGCGAGAAGCAAACCAGUGGCGUUCGCUGUGCGAACUAACGUAGCAUACGAUGGCACCAUCGAUGACGAUUCGCCCGUACAGGGUGGCGCUGUUUCAUUUGAGAUUAGGGAGUUUCUACACAUCAAAGAGAAAUAUGACAAUAACUGGUGGAUCGGCAGGCUGGUCAAGGAAGGCUGCGAUGUGGGCUUCAUACCCAGCCCCGCUAAGCUAGACAACAUUCGCAUGCAGAAUCAAACCAGACCCUCAAGACUGUAUGGCACAAAGGGCUCGUCUAGCGGUAAUCUUGGCGCGGGACAAGCAGGUGCGGAGCCAUCUCGAGGUAGCACACCCCCCACACCUGGUGACGAAUCAGAUUCUAUGGGACCAGGACGCCAUGGGAAGGCACCACUUGCAACGCCACCGAACAAGGAGAAACGGAAGCCAUUCUUUAAGAAACAGGAAACCGCCAGUCCAUAUGAUGUGGUGCCAUCGAUGCGUCCCGUCGUUUUAGUGGGUCCAAGCCUUAAGGGUUACGAAGUAACCGAUAUGAUGCAAAAGGCGCUCUUCGAUUUCCUAAAGCAUCGUUUCGAAGGACGCAUUAUUAUAACGCGUGUGAUGGCCGAUAUAUCAUUGGCCAAGCGUUCCAUCAUGAAUAAUCCAUCGAAACGCGCUAUCAUGGAACGCUCGAGCAGUCGUUCCGAUUGCCUGGGUAAAGUUCAAGAGGAGAUCGAGCGUAUUUUUGAGCUAGCCCGAUCACUGCAACUAGUCGUACUCGAUUGUGAUACAAUCAAUCAUCCGUCACAAUUAGCGAAAACUUCAUUAGCGCCAACAAUAGUAUACUUAAAAAUUAGUAGUAGUAAGGUUUUACAGCGUUUAAUCAAAUCGCGUGGCAAGUCACAGGCAAAAAAUCUUUCCGUGCAAAUGGUUGCCGCUGAAAAAUUAGCCCAAUGUCCACCGGAAAUGUUCGAUGUAAUUUUAGAUGAAAACCAAUUGGAAGAUGCCUGUGAGCACAUUGCCGAAUACUUGGAGACAUAUUGGAAAGCCACACAUCCUGAUAUAAGAACUGUACAGGCUAUAGCCCGACCAUUGCCAUCACAGGAGAUAUCACCAUCAGCGGAUCAAGCGCGAUUGGGCCCCACUCCACCAGUAGAUGUAGUCGAUGGCGAUGAAUUUGUCAAUGAUCAGGAUGAUCAUGAGACAAGAAUGGGUAUGGGUAUGUCCAGUGUCGAUCGUGAAGGUAGCCGUGAUCGUGAUAGUAGGGAAAGAGAACGUGAAAAUGAACGCAAUUAUUGGGACAGAGAAUUCAACAGGGAUCGCAGUUCAAAGGAAAGGCAAAGGGAUUUGGAAUGGGAACGUGAGAGAGCACGUGAAUGGGAAAGAGAGCGAGAAAGAGAUUGGAAUAGAGAGUUCGAUUGGGACCAAGGAGGCACGUCCUACCAUCACAGCAGACGGCAAACAACGGGAGGACGUCACGGAGAGCGUGGAGGCGGCGUUGGAGUUGGGGCCGGUUACAGUGAACGAGAGCGGGAAAGAGAACGAUAUGAGAGACGUGAUCGUGAUCUUAUGCACUAUGAUCUCAAUAGUGAUGAGCUGCUUGAGGAGCGUAAUUUUGAAUAUCCGGCCAUGAGGAGUGGUCCAAGCGGAGCAUCACAUCACGGCCAUUUAUCACGCGGUGGCCGUCUGAUCGAUGAUCAGGAGUUUGAGCGUGAUGAUCCACAGAUGCGUAUGACCAGUUCACGUUAUGGUCCAAGUACACGUAUCGAUGAUCCGCGCGAUAUGCCACGCGGCGCCUCUGUGGUCGAUCGCGAUGAAUAUAGCCCGCACAGAGGUGGUGGGAGUAGUAGGAGAAUGCUGAAUGCCAUGUAGGAAUCGUGGA